ACGCCGCAGAUACAAGAUAACACAGUUAAACGUAACGUUGUGGUCAUGUGAAAGAAAUACUUGCGUUUAGAAGGAAAUGUGCGCGAAUUAAGUCAUCUGGAGUUUGUAUGGACGAACUUGUCAGAAGACGUAAAAAAACUUUCUCUCGAUUCUAUACGAAUAACUUAAACGAAGGGUUAAAAUCCGCUUUGAGGAAUUUGUAAUCUGCAACCAAUAUCACCGUGAACAGACAAUUGCAAAGGAUUACUUUGAAAUUCUAGCCUGAAGACAUUUGGCAAUCAAUGUAAUGAUUAAAUUGAUAAACAGUUUUAGCAUUGUGUUUAACGUUUAAUACAAAUGAUGGAAUCAAGAUGCGUUGUUUCUUUGCUCAUUCUCCUGACUGGACACUUCGUCAUGAUAAGUGCUCAAGGGAAGGAGCAACUUUCCACGGGGCUCGUGUCUCGAACCCUGAAAUCUGCACUUGGUAAAGGCAGUGUGGUCAAUGAGUCCAUGCCUCGACGACCACGAGUUUUGCCGCCUAUGUGCACAGGUCCCACAGAAAUAAGAGAUACUUUCAAGUAUAUUAACACCGUGGUUUCAUGCAUUGUGUUUGUAGUUGGGAUAAUCGGAAACUCUACGCUGCUCAGAAUCAUUUAUAAAAAUAAAUGCAUGCGGAACGGUCCUAAUAUCCUCAUUGCAAGUCUGGCGCUUGGGGACCUUUUGCAUAUUGUCACAGACAUUCCCAUUAACGUCUACAAGCUUCUGGCUGAAGAUUGGCCAUUUGGUGUUGGACUUUGCAAAAUGGUUCCCUUUAUACAAAAGACAUCAGUUGGCAUCACAGUGCUGAGUUUGUGUGCACUGAGCAUAGACAGGUUUCGAGCAGUGGCAUCGUGGAACCGCAUCAAAGGCAUCGGCGUCCCUAAAUGGACAGCCAUUGAAAUCAUUCUGAUAUGGGUGCUGUCCAUUAUACUUGCAGUGCCAGAGGCCAUUGCCUUUGACAUGAUCACAAUGGACUACAAAGGAGAGCAACUUAGGAUUUGCUUGCUCCACCCUAUGCAGAAAAACAAGUUCAUGCAGUUUUAUAAGUCGGCCAAAGAUUGGUGGCUUUUCAGUUUCUACUUCUGCAUGCCGCUGAUGUGUACUGCUAUCUUCUACACUCUCAUGACCUGUGAAAUGCUUCGAAAGAAGAAUGGGGUCCAAAUUGUACUUAGUGAUCACCUAAAACAGAGGCGUGAGGUGGCUAAAACCGUGUUCUGUCUGGUGCUAGUCUUUGCACUGUGCUGGCUUCCUCUGCACCUCAGUCGUAUUCUUAAGCUUACCAUUUAUGAUGAAAGGGACCCCAACCGCUGCGAGCUUCUGAGUUUCUUCCUGGUUCUUGAUUAUAUCGGGAUCAACAUGGCAUCAGUGAACUCCUGCAUAAACCCGAUCGCUUUGUAUAUGGUUAGCAAGCGCUUCAAGAGCUGCUUCAGAUCAUGUCUGUGUUGCUGGUGCCUUCCUCCUGAAAUGUUAGCCAUGGAUGACAAGCAGUCCUGCAUGAAGCUAAAGGUGACAGAGCGAGGAUCUGAUCAAAGCAAUAGCCGUGCCUCCAACAAAUACACUUCAGCUUAGGCACUGAUCUGCAUACAGGUAUUGGUGGCCAACAACAUGCAUUUAACAUUUAGCUAAUGCCAUUAAACCUAACUCUGUGUCAGCUGGAGGUAUACUCAUUACAAGAAUUGCUAUGAUAGGUAUUAAGAAGGCUCAGUUUAUAUUCACUCCUGACUGGCAUACAUGUAUUGGUCAACACCAGUUGUUUUUAAAUGUGCUAUAUAAAUACAUUUGCAUUGUAUUGUAUUAUAUUUUAUGUAGUGUUAGGAACUACUUCAAAUUUGAUUUAACAUUGACAUCCACAAUUCUUAAAGGGGUCAUAGGAUACUACAUGCACUUUUACAAGUUGUUUGAACUGAAAU